UGCAAUGAAAAGGGAUCAGCGAACAGCCUCUUUGGAUUUGAUAAAGGAUAUAUCUGGUGAUGCGUGUGUGAUCAGACCCGUGCAGAGCGGUUAAGUGGAGACUACCGUUGUGAGUGUGUUUUGUGUCGUCUGAGGGCGCCAUAUUGGCCCUGACCAUGUGGCUGGCUUCAUUUCGAGAUCACCUGUUGCCUGCACACCUGCCCCAGCACCAGCAUGGGACAGUGACGAUUACCCACUGCGCCCUCUUAUGGUGGAUACUGUGCUCCUGCUGGUCCUUCACCAAGGCCACGAGCCAAAAGUUCUACCCUACCGUGACCACUCAGUUUGGGAAGCUGAGGGGACUUAGGGUCCCAGUGCCCAGUGAAGUGCUCCGGCCUGUUGAUCAGUAUCUAGGAGUCCCAUAUGCUGCUCCACCUAUCGGCGAGAAGCGCUUUAUGCCCCCAGAGCAGCCCUCAUCCUGGUCAGGAAUCAGGAACGCCACACACUUCAUGCCAGUCUGUCCCCAAAACAUCCACAACACUGUCCCAGAGAUCAUGAUGCCGAUAUGGUUCACCUACAACCUGGACAUCGUGGCCACCUACAUCCAGGACCAGAGUGAGGACUGUCUGUAUCUCAACAUCUAUGCGCCCACAGAGGACGGACCACACAAGAAAAAGGGGCCAGCUUUCGCACAUGCAGAAACACAUAUAUCUGAAGAUAUAAGGGACUCGGAAGCACGGCCUGUGAUGGUGUACAUUCACGGAGGGUCCUAUAUGGAGGGCACAGGCAACAUGAUGGAUGGGAGCGUCCUGGCCAGCUACGGGAACGUUGUGGUCGUCACGCUCAACUACCGGAUCGGCAUAUUAGGUUUCCUCAGUACGGGAGACCAGGCAGCUAAAGGCAAUUACGGACUCCUGGACCAGAUUCAAGCCCUGCGCUGGAUCAGUAAAAACAUUGGUUAUUUCGGAGGAGACCCCAAUCGUAUAACAGUGUUUGGGUCUGGGAUUGGAGCAUCCUGUGUCAGUCUGCUAACAUUGUCACAUCACUCUGAAGGGCUUUUCCACCGUGCCAUCAUCCAAAGCGGCUCUGCCCUGUCCAGCUGGGCCGUCAACUACCAGCCGGUCAAGUACACGCGCAUGCUAGCUGAGAGAGUGGGCUGCAACGUCCUGGAUACCGUGGAUAUGGUGUCAUGCCUGCAGAAGAAAAGUGCUAAAGAGUUGGUGGAGCAGGACAUCCAGCCGGCCCGAUACCGUGUGGCUUUUGGUCCGGUCAUCGACGGAGACGUGAUCCCUGACGACCCCGAGAUCCUGAUGGAACAGGGCGAGUUUCUGAACUACGACAUCAUGCUGGGGGUGAACCAGGGCGAAGGACUCCGAUUCGUGGAGAAUGUGAUGGACUUGGAGGAUGGAGUGUCUGGGAGUGAUUUUGACUUUGCCGUAUCCGACUUCGUGGACAGCUUGUACGGGUAUCCUGAAGGUAAAGACACGCUAAGAGAGACUAUUAAAUUCAUGUACACAGAUUGGGCAGAUAAGGACAACCCUGAGACCAGGAGGAAGACUCUGGUGGCCCUCUUCACCGAUCAUCAAUGGGUGGAGCCUUCAGUGGUGACAGCCGAUCUCCACGCUCGCUACGGUUCACCCACUUACUUCUACGCGUUUUACCACCACUGUCAGAGCCUGAUGAAGCCUGUGUGGUCAGACUCAGCUCAUGGAGACGAGGUGCCCUAUGUGUUUGGCAUCCCCAUGGUCGGCCCCACUGACCUGUUCCCCUGCAACUUUUCCAGGAAUGACAUCAUGCUGAGCGCUGUGGUCAUGACAUACUGGACCAACUUCGCCAAGAGCGGGGAUCCUAAUAAACCUGUUCCCCAGGACACCAAGUUCAUCCACACCAAGGCCAACCGCUUUGAGGAGGUAGCCUGGUCUAAGUAUGACCCAUACGAUCAGCUGUACUUACACAUCGGUUUAAAACCUCGCAUUCGGGACCACUACCGAGCUACUAAGGUGGCCUUCUGGAAACACCUGGUCCCUCACCUGUACAACCUCCACGACAUGUUCCACUACUCCUCCACCACCACCAAAGUCACCCCACUCGAUCCUACCCAGUCCAACGGUAAGAGGGCUGGGGUCACAGGGCGUCCCCCAGUGUCCACGGCCCAUAACGCAGACGGCAGCAGAGAGAUGGGCCCGCUGAUCAUGCCCAACCCCAGAGAUUACUCCACAGAGCUGAGUGUCACUAUUGCAGUUGGAGCGUCCCUACUUUUCCUCAACGUUCUUGCAUUCGCCGCCCUCUACUACCGCAAGGACAAGCGCAGCCGGCAGGAUACGUCCCAGCAGCCCAGCCCUCAGCGGGACAGCAAGGGAAACAACGUGAGCCACACCAAUACAGUGGAUGAGACCCUAUCGUCCCAACAGAGAAACCAGUGUGAAGCCCUGCACAACCCAAUCCAUGUGUCUCCCAGCCUGGACUAUUCUUUGGGACAACGGCGUUCCCCGGAUGACAUACCACUGAUGACACCCAAUAAUAUCACUAUGAUCCCCAACUCACUCAUGGGCCUCUCCAGUAUGAGCCCCUACAGCACGUUCCCCGCUGGGUACAGCUCCGCGGGCCUGCCCAGUACCCACUCCACCACACGGGUAUAACCGGGGCGUAACUGCUCUGGUUCAUGUGCGGGUGAUAUCACAAGAGCAUGUAUGUAGUUGUUGUUCCUGCUCUCUCCACAUAAAGAACAAAGCGCCUAAUUAUAACGUAAUAAUUGUGCACCCAAGGGAUUGGUGAAUUUUAAGUAGAUUUUAGCAGUAAAAAUCUUUACUUGGAACCUUGUCACGUUUGAUAAAUCAGUAUUAAACAUUAAGUUAUUAAUAUCAGUGCUCUUACAAUUAGGGUCAGGGUUACUGCACUACAUACAAUGAUGAACAAGGAAAUAAAAUUAGAUGUAAAACACUCUCUUGUAUCUAGGGUGACCAUGUGUCCCUCUUUUCAUUGUCCUGCACAGCCACAUGCCCCUGCUCCACGUCCCACUUAUUUAGAGAAAGACCUUUUGGGUGUCCUAGCAUUCAGAGUUGCAAUAUGUUGACAUCUAUUGUUAUUCCGAACUCCUUCUGUGCAUUACAGUUGAUAAAACCGUGUGGUGUUAUUGCAGUUAUUAUCUAUGAGCUUAAAUUUUCCAUCCUACCAUGUUUUCUAUCAUUUGAGGUGAUCUCCCUACUUGUCCUGCAAUUAGAAAAUCUGUAGUAUAAACUCCUACAUAAUACUAAUAUAUAAACUGUGACUUUCAGGCUGCAUUCACACUUCCACAGACUUUACCAGAACUGGGACUAGACUCAGACUAAACCAGGACUAGACCUGGACUUAGGAGUAAACCAAGAUGAGUGUGAACAUAGCCUCAGUCAAUCUAAAUCAAAUCAAAGGCCUGUCUUGUUAUUUUAAGCAAUAAAACCAUGUUGCCUAUGCCUGUGUUUGGGCAUUGUGUUGCAUGUAGCUUGUCCAGUCCAGAGAGAAGAAUUCUACAUGAAAAUUGUGAAAAGUUGCCACAAAAUGAGUAACAUGAGUAGCAAUAUAACAAAAAUGGUGUAAAAAUUGUAUAAUUGGGUGUAAUUAUGCCAAAUUAAGGGUGCGAAUAGUCCAUUUAAGUAAUGAUGGAACAACAACUAUACGGAUGUUUUUGGUCCCACACAGGUAAACCAGAUUUGCUGGCAUAUAGACUGUGACGUAGAUGUCCACAUGUAAAGCUGUAUUUAGGAUGUGUACGUCAAUAGGGUAUCUGUAUGUCUUUUACCAAAUGUCCGACAUCUGGCCUUUGCUCUGUCAUGAUAGGAAGUCUUAACUGCGAUCAUUUUAUAUAAUAAUCAUGUACUUGAGGCAGUGAAAAAGAUUGAAAAAGUGCAUUUCAUCUUUGGCUUUUUUGGGACUUUAACAAUAGCAAGAACUUAGUAUAAUGUUUCUACAGUUGGAUUUGUAUGGAGAGCUUUUUCUUACUCUGUGAUAUCUAUUUUGAUCCCUUGCAGUGUGUGGGGCAAAGUGACAUUACAUUUCAUUGAUAGAACGAGAUGAGGGACUCGCAGGAUUAUUAUUAUCAAGCUAUUUUAUACAUAUUUCUCAUGAUACAUUGCUUACUAUAAUUAAAAUGUAUUUUUACUGUAAUUACUUUCAAAUGCCUUGUAACUUGCUCAUAUAGGGACAUACCAUAGAAGUACACCAGACCUGGGUUUGGUGCUUAAAAGUGCGCUACAAACUUGUAAAUUAUAGGCAUCAUUUAAAGUUACCCAUUGAGUUCUGCAUAUGUAGUGUUGUGUACUCUAUUGUAGUCUAUUUGAGUAUGAUUGAUAUACUUUGUUUUUUAAGUGUCUUUGUUUAAUUUGGAGACAUUUAUAGGACUAUAACUUCUGCUUCACUAUAAGAAACUUGCUUCUAAAUGUGUUCUUAACUCAUUCUUUUGGCUUGGCUUGUUUGUACAGAAUAAACCUAGAGCAACAUUUGAUUUGUUGUUUGUUUACAAAAUAAUGUAAGGUCUUUUGGGAAAGCUAACUGUAACUACAUAGUAAUUGUAUGUACUCCGAAGCUCAGUUACUCACAUUUAAAAGGAGUUUUAGUAACGCAUAAGUGCUCCUUGGACACGUGGUCUGGACCCUGUAUGCAUUGGCUAAAAGCAGAAUGGACCGAAAGGACAUUGAAGUUUAUUUGACUCAUAAUGUUGUUUAAUCAAAAUGAAACAAAUAUUAAAAGAUUUUUGGAAC